AUGCCCCGUUUCCGAAGUCCUGGGUCCCACAAGCAGAAUGGCGUCAAGUACCGGUUCAUGGUCGCGGAGCGUGAACACAGCUACGAGCCCAUCCCCGCCGAUGUGAAGGCCUACAGCCGGCUACUUGUUUUCGACGAAGGCCGUGAGAACAGGGUGUAUCUCCUGGACUUUGGUUUGGCCUGUCGGUACACGCAAAAUGGCAAGCACAAGGAAUACAAGGAAGAUAUCAGGAUGGCGCAGAUCGGCACCGUAGAAUGCACGAGUCGGGACGCCCACGUUGGUGCACACUCGCGAAGGGGUGACAUGGUACAUUUGAGGGACAAUCAGCUCCUGUGGCUUUGUUGCCUACUGCCUUGGGAGGACAACCUCAAGUACCCCCAGUAUGUCAGCCAAGGGAAGAGCACGACCAUGGAAGACGUUCCGCUGCUCUUGAGCAAGUGCUCCCCACAUCGGGAUAUUCCAUGCGAGCUCCUGGAGUUCGUGUCCUUCAUGAAAUUUGAGAACACGCCAGACUACAAGCGGCUAAAGAGGAUCUCGGAGAAGGGCGUCGAGGUGCCGCGUUUUAAGCCCGACGGCAGGAUAUUUUUCAAGACACCGAGGACGCUGCGGUGCAACUCGUUCUUGCCAAAGAAAUCUGUGCUGCAAGAAAUCAUGCUUGCCGAGCACAGCAUUGGCGAGAGCGGAGGCGAGAAUGUCGUAGAAAAGCCACCGCCAGCCCAGGUCACCAGCGACUAUACGGCGCCGAUUCGUAAAAACAACCGCUGGUCUCCUGCGGCAACCAAGUCCACCUCGGUGUUCGAGGGCCUCUUCAAGCUGGAGCCCGAACGAACGCCGUUGAAGAAGGCGGUCUCAUCCCUCUCCGGUCGGACUAGCUCAGAAGGCUCUCGUAGGAACGGCUUCUGCGAGGACAGGAACAGCAUGAGCCUGGACAACACCACUACGACCAUGCUGGAGAUGCUUCAGCGCAAGCAGGCUCUGUUGGCACAACAGCAGGAAGGGGUACGGCCACCGGGCGGUAACGGUCAAAAUCAUUCCAGCAUCUCGGGCCUGCGAACGGUGCCCGUCGCCAGUGUGGGCGGUGCCCUCACAUGCAUAAGCCUGCAACCACGCUAG